AAGAGCCCUUCAUUUCAUUUAUCGUUUUCCUUACCAAACUACAAAAUUAAUGUCGAACGUGUUAGCAAGAGAAGAAAACGAAAAAGUUGCUACCUUUGGCUGGGCAGCUAGAGGUGCUUCGGGAAUUCUCUCCCCCUUUCACUUUACCAGAAGGGAAAAUGGUGACAAUGAUAUCACCCUUCAUAUACUCUAUUCUGGGAUUUGCCACUCGGAUCUCCACAUGGUGAAGAACGACUUUGGAUUGUCCAUCUAUCCAAUGGUUCCUGGGCAUGAGAUUGUGGGUAAAGUGACAAAGGUGGGUAGCAGAGUCACAAAAUUCAGUGUUGGUGACAUAGCGGGUGUGAGUGGCAUUGUAGGUUCGUGUGGUUCAUGUUCCGAUUGCAGCAAGGGCUUCUAUGUUUAUUGUCCAAAAAUGAUAUUAACCUACAGUGCACACUACCAUGAUGGAACAAUAACCCAAGGUGGGUACUCGGAUAAGAUAGUAGUUGACCAGAACUUUGCGGUGCAAAUCCCAAAAUCUCUGCCACUUGAUGGCGCAGCGCCGUUGCUAUGUGCAGGAAUUACAGUAUACAGCUCAAUGAAGUAUUUUGGGCUUGCUAAGCCUGGACUGCACUUGGGUGUGGUAGGCCUGGGAGGCCUUGGUCAUGUGGCUGUCAAAUUUGCUAAAGCUUUUGGUAUGCAUGUCACUGUGAUAAGUACAUCUCCCAGCAAGAAGGUAGAGGCAUUGGGAAGUCUUGGUGCUGAUGCUUUCUUGGUUAGUCAAGACUCACAACAGUUGCAGGAUGCCAUGAGCACAAUGGAUGGUAUUAUUGACACAGUUUCAGCUAAUCACUCAAUCCAAUCACUUAUUGGUUUAUUGAAAACACAUGGAAAAUUGAUUUUGGUGGGUGCAUCAACCUUGCCUCUUGAGGUGUUAGCUAUGCCUUUACUUUUGGGGAGAAAGACGAUUGCUGGCAGUAUAGGAGGUGGGAGUGAAGAGAUGCAAGAGAUGAUGGAUUUUGCAGCAAAGCAUAAUAUUACGGCAGAUGUGGAAGUCAUUCCGAUGGAUUACGUCAACACUGCCUUUGAGAGGCUGAAAAACAAUGAUAUUAAGUAUCGCUUUGUCAUUGAUGUGGCAAACACGAUAAACUGCAACUUCAAUUAGAGAAUCAAAUUAGUAGCUACGUAUUUCUUGAUGUUGUAAUUUAAAUUUGUGUUUGUUUGUUUUAAUUAUACAUAUCAUAGUUAAUAUAUUGUUGAAUAAUAUACGGAUAUAUGUAUAAAAUAUUGUUCAAUAAUUUAAAUUUGAAUAACAUAUUAUUUAAAUAUGGAUAUAUGUACUUACUUAUUACGUUAUUUAAUAACACAU